AUGGCUGCUAGAGUCAGUUCAUUGGAGUCGGGCUGGUGCUCGGCUUCUGAUAGAGACCGGCCUCCGUUUCAUUCUGACACUCAGCGGUUCGGUUCGGGCGUUGAGCUCGCUUCUCUGCAGCCCGGAGAAGAGCCGUUCCGCCGCUGCAGCGCUAAACUGAGAGGACUGAGCGGGUCUGGAGGAUCCGCAGUGAAAACAGAGCUGAACCUCCUGCUGGACGAGCUGCUCUCUCACAACUACAGCAACCAGCUCAACAACCACCACAUACCAGCACAGGAUGUGUGUCUGCUGCUUGUGCACACCAGCCGACUGGUUCCACACAGCCAAGAGCAUCUCGUCAUCAAACUGUGCCAGCUGAUUCACCAGCUACUUAACCAGCUGCAGGUGAUUGUAGAUGAGCAGACGCUUGAUACACUCGUGUCAUACUGCACGCGGGCUUUAUGGGUUUGCAGCUCAUGGACGCACUCGGAGAUACUACUGGCCCUCUCAUCGUUGGUGUAUGGCAACGGGCCCAGGUGCCAGCGGCAUCUUCCAGAACUGCUUGGCCAGAACGGUGUGCUCCUGAACUAUGGUGACCCCAGUCAGAGUGAUAUAGAACUGCGGCGCUCUUCUUUGCAUUGCAUGGCCAACCUUUGUCUUGGUGUUCCUGGACAUCCUUAUUUGGAGGAAUCAUACAGAGGAGCAUGUUAUAGAAUCUUCCUGCAAACUCUUCAGUCUCCAAAACCAUCUAACGUAGAAGACAUGGUCUUCUGUACGUUAUUACAAAGUGCUCUAAAGGGCACGCAGUAUUUCCUGAAUGGGGUAAAAUGGAAGGCUUCUCCUGAUCAGGACCUGGGCUCCCUAUUGGCUCUACUUAAGAAAUACAUGUUCCAUGGGUUGCCAGGGAUAAACGUGGAGAUGCCUCAAGUUCUGUACCCAGCACCUCUUCCCCAGUAUGAGACAGUUCCUGCAGCUAAAGCUGAGCCUUCACAGGAUACGCCAACACAGAGAAAACUGCCAGCGUCCCAGCAGAAUAAGAAGCGAAAGUCGCGGGGGAAAGGGAAGAAGGCCAGAGUGGAGGGGAAAACAGAUGGUGGACCAGAGGAGGGAGAUGAUGAGGAGCCAAGUACAGGGCCCGUCAGGAGUGGAGGAGGUGGAGGAGCAGGACGAGGAGAGGGCCGGAUUGGGUGGCCUCAAACUUCUACCCCUUUCGCUCUGCCUCUGCAGCCUGGAUCAGGCACUCAGUUCUUACCUUGUUGGAAGAAAGGCAGCUCUGACUCAGAGUUCUCUGACCCUGAAGGAGGAAUGCAGUCAAAGCUCAGGCUCUACCAGGCUCGUGUGCGGCAGAGUGCUCUGCAGUGUUUCCUGGCUGUGGUGAAGAGUGUGGAGAAAAGAGUUCUGUAUGGUUAUUGGUCAUCCUUCAUUCCUGACACUCCUGGCAUUGGAAGCCCUCCUUCACUUACCCUCAUCACCAUCGCUCUUAAAGACCCCUCCCCUAAGGUGCGCGCAGGGUCACUGCAGGUGCUCUCCGCCCUUCUAGAAGGUUCUCGUCAGUUCCUGUCUGCGGCUGAGGACACUAGUGCCCCUCGGCAAGCCUUCACUCCAUUCUCUGCUACUCUGGCAGCCAGCCUGAGAGAGCUCCACCGCUGCCUUCUGCUAGCACUGAUUGCCGAGUCCUCCUCCCAGACCCUAACACAGGUCAUAAAGUGCCUUGCCCAUUUGGUGUCCAAUGUACCCUACAACCGUCUUAGGCCAGGUUUGCUCAGCCCUCUAUGGAAACAGAUCCGUCCAUACGUCCGGCACAGAGAUGUGAACGUGCGCGUAUCCAGCCUCACUCUGUUUGGGGCGCUGGUCUGCACUCAGGCUCCCCUCCCUGAGGUACAUCUCCUUCUGCAGCAGCCUGGGCCGAGUACAGGACCUGGUGUAUCUGGAGGAGCCACGCCGCAGGAGCCAUCCCUCAACUGGAGGCAGCCGGGGCGCAGGGAGAGAGACGCCAGUCUACCCUUGACGGGGACAGGUGUGGAGGAUGUUCCAGUGGCAUCGUGCUGGCUGCUGCAGCUGUGUGUGGCUCUGGUUACCCAGGCUCGUGAAGAGCCCUACUCUGAUAGCGAUGCAGCGGGGUCCACCAGCGGCGCACUGGAGCCUUCUCCUGUCCGCCUAGAGGCCCUGCAGGUGCUGGCUCAUCUGGUGAAGGGCUACUUCCCUCUGGCUCAGACGUCUUUGCUGGAGUUGGCCCAGCUCAGCGCUCGCUGUCUUAGUGAGCAAGACCCCUCUGUGCAGCUACAUGGAGCCAAGUUGUUGGAGGAACUGGGCACUGGCAUUAUCCAGCAGUACAGAGCUGAUGCCCACAGUGCUGAGAGUGCCAGCGCUGUGCCACUGUGCCAGGUGGUGCAGUUCUGGUCUGAGGUCCUGACCGGUCCACUGAUAGGAGCCUUACAAAAUGAUCAGCACCCGACCUUACAGACCAGUGCAUGCGACACCCUCUCCUCCAUCCUACCCCAGGCCUUCAGCCAGCUUCCUGACAAGACUCAAGUGUUCUGUAUCACCGUAUUGCUUGGACUGACCUAUAGUGAGAACUCUCUAGUGAAGGCAGCAGCAGUGAGAGCACUGGGCGUCUACAUCCUCUUUCCCUGUCUCAGAGAGGAUGUGAUGUUUGUGGCAGACACAGCCAAUGCUAUCCUCACUGUCCUGGAUGAUCGCUCUCCCAACGUCCGUGCCAAGGCUGCCUGGUCGCUAGGCAACCUCACUGACACACUCAUCGUCAACAUGGAGUCUGUUGGACUGGAAUUCCAGGAGGAGGUCUCUGACAUGCUUCUUCUGAAGAUGCUGAGAACUGCCACUCAAGCUUCUGGAGACAAGGACAGGGUAAAGAGUAAUGCUGUGAGAGCUCUUGGGAAUCUUCUACACUUCUUGCAGCCGGCGCGACUGGGGAAGCCAGCAUUCGAGCAGCCCCUAGAGCAGGCCAUGAGGGCUCUCAUAGACACAGUCAGAGGAGACGCCACCAUGAAGGUGCGCUGGAAUGCUUGCUACGCUUUGGGUAACGUGUUCCGAAACCCUGGCCUGCCUCUGGGCACAGCGGGCUGGUCUAAAGAGGCUUACUCGGCUCUCUCAUCUGUGGUCACUUCUUGUAAGAACUUCAAAGUGCGGAUCAAAUCUGCCGCUGCUCUCUCUGUUCCUGCAACACGCGAUCGCUACGGAGACACGCAGCAGUUCGCUGAAGUGUGGUGUGCCUUGGCUCAAGCUCUCGAACACAGUGAAGAAACGGAGGAUUUUCUUGAAUACCGCUACUGCGCUAGUUUGCGUGGCGAACUCUGUCAUGCUCUCUUUCACCUUCUGUCCUUGUGCCAACUCGAUGAUCUGGCAACUGUGGGGACAUCACUGAGCUGUCAAUCAAAAUCAGCACUCCAGGGCUUACUGGUUCAAUACCUCAGUGACACGGCUUUGGUUUCCAGACAUCAUGAUGUCGGUGGGGAGGAUGCUGGAGAUCAGACAGAGCCGAGGGACAGGCUGAAGGAACUGGAUCAGACCCUGAGUAGACUGAAGGAGCUGGAGGCUGAGGUUGGAGCAGAUAGUAAGUCUGAUCUGGACACUGUGAAGCAGUUCCUAGAGGAUGUUGCAAAGAAUUGUGAGACAAUAAAGGCUUCAGAUGCCCUGGACGUUAAAGUGAUGCACACCAGCUCUCAUCAGAAGCUUUAAUGAGACUCCAACAGAUGUUAUUAUGGACAUGAAAAGAAACCACAGUGUAUAUGAAUCCUACAUUAACUUAUAACAGUGAAGACCUAGAGGUGAAAAUAUUAGAGAAAACAAAACUUAAUCUAAUUACCCUUGUUGCCAAUUGAUUUUGCAACUGUGUGGCAAACAUGUCCAUCAGUGUCAGUAAGAUGUUUAGAAAGUUCAUCUUACAGCUUUAUUUGAGUGGACCUCUCUGACAUUGUUUAUUACUAUCACAUCAAGCUUGAAUUUGUUUGCAAAGCCAGCAAGGCAGUAUGGUAUAGUUUAAAGUGGAAUUCCAUUGAUUUAGCAAAGUUUCUAUAUACUCAGUCUCUGAAAUGGUGCUUUCUAGAAAAACUUAGAACUGAUUUAUUUACGUUGGUUUACGUUGUGGUGAUAGGAGCCAGGGAUCACAGUACAGCGCAAAUAUAACCAUUUUAUUUACUAUCCAAAACACCCAGUGAACCUACAUGUGUCCUCUUAGUUUUUAUAAGUUAUGCUGAUGAUAAAACUGUAGUAAAUCUGAAUAAGGUUCUCUCUGGACUGUUAGCUUUACUUCUCCACCAUUUUUUAAAAACGAGAAACUUUCAUCAGGAAAGUAUGUCUCAGGCAUCAGCCAACGAAUCUGUACCCAAGUUAUGUAAUAGCUUUCUGUGAUUGUAGCUUUUAGAGGCAUUAAACACUAUGGGUGUCUGGUUCCUAUCACCACCACUGUGAAUUUUUCUGAUUUGGUUAGUUUCUCUAGAACACUGCAUUUCACAUCUAACCUCUCUGAAUGACCUUGUUUACAUCUUAAUUGAAUCAUUCAGAAAGUUGAUAAUCCUCUCCAUCACUGGAGGUGUCACUAAGAUGUGUUGUAUAUCUUUUGUAUUUACAGCUUUAUUUGACUGGACCCUUGCUGUUUUUCAUAACCGCACACCAAGCUUGAAUUCUUGUGAAAAAAACAGUAAUACAGUAAGAUUCAUUUUAAUACCACAACCCCGAAUCUGCCAGGUUUGGCCAAUUUACUCUAAUUCAAGACCCUGAGAUGUUACUUAUUUCCUCAUGCAGAUUCUUUGUAAACAUGCACAUAAGCAUUGUGUGGCUAUAUCAAUGCAUAUCAUGCUUAUCAAACAUGUUUAUUUGGUCCUGACUGUCCUGAAUAAGAGGAAGUUUUGUUUAUUAAAGUUACACUGUAAACCA